AUGUCUGUGGCCUCCGGUUCACCAUCGCCAUCCUGCGCCUUCUACCUAUCCGUAGUGGGGCUCAGAUCAAAAAAGAAAGAUGAGUCAGGAAUACAUGGAAAGCAUUAUGAGAGGAGGAUGCUUGCUCUGAUCGCAUUGAAAUGUCUUUUAGACGAAGACAUAAAAGAUUUCUGGAUUCUUUCCAAUCCACAGGACGUGAUCAAAUUCGACGACUUAAUUCUUUUGACCGAACACCGCAGUGGUGACAAAAAAUUGUUCAUGAUCCAGAUAAAGCACAAAGACGAGGAGAAAAAGCGUCCCAUAGUAGCAGAAAAACUAGACGGAACUAACAAGAAUCUGGGCUUGAAGUUGUAUGAAAAAGCUUUUUUCAAAAUCAUGCAGGACAAAGAUUUUUUUGACAUGCACGAAAUUUCUAGCAAUACGGAAAAGUUUUUCAUAAUUUUUAAUAACUGUAAGGUUAAUCAAGACAGAGGAACUGACAAUAUUGAUUUUUGUUCAGCAAACUCUUUCAAAUUUAUUAACACUUCAUCGAAUCCAACAAGUACAUUAAGAAUUACUAACAAAAGUGGAAAAUAUGAUCAAAACUUUAUAGAUCAAUUUUAUUUCUACGCAGAACAAUUGGACCAUGAGGCAAUAAAUAAUGAAAUCGGACGUUUGUUGGAAAUAAAUGAUGACACUGUUAAAGUUAUAAUAGACUUUUUUUAUACAUGGGUGGAACAUAAAGAUGAUUGCUUCAGGAUGUGGAAGCUUGACGUGAAGGCGAAUUUAUUGAAAGUACUUAUGGGAGAUUAUGUUCCACCGCGCUGCCUUGACGAGAUGUUGAGGGAAUAUUUGAACUAUGAUUAUAAAAGGGACACGGAACUCACUGAGAUGUGCAGAAAUUCCAAAGUUAAUAUAGUUUGUAAUGACGCAGGUAUGGGAAAAUCAACAUUUUUGAAUUUUAUUCAUUCGAAAUUUUCGCCUGAAGAGUGGGUAAUUAACAUAGACUUAAAAAAACAUGGCGCCGCAAUUAAAAAAUUUAAGACUGCCGAUGAACUAAUCAACUUUUCUUAUGAAUGUCAUACAGAAAAAUUAAAUGAGGCUUUCCAUCGUUUUUUUAAACCACUUUAUAAGAACUUUCAGCAUAGAAUCAUAUGGUUGAUAGAUGACUAUGAAGAAAUUAACGAAACAGAUUUAUUAGAGCUAUUUAAAUUAGCCACCAAACAAGGAUUUAGAAUCUGGAUUGUUGCUAGGCCCAAUUUGAAACAGGAAUUUGAGAACGCUUUUGGCGCGUUCUCUAUGGAGCUUACAGAAUUUAACAAGAAAGAUCAAGAAAUGUUCAUAAGGAAGUAUUUAAGGCAAAAAGACAAAAAUGAGGAAUACAUUAAUACUACAAUGGAAGCUAUUGACAGCAUAAGGAACUUGCUCGAAGAUUCUUUUGUAGGAACAUGUCAACAAACCAUGAUGCUAACUGAAAUUUUUUUGAAUCAUGAGCAUAACUUGAAAGAACAGGACUGGCACAUCCACGACAUAUAUGAAAAAUUUAUAAAACUAAAAGUUAGUGAUAAUUUGUACAUCAGAACUAUAUCUAAGCUAGCUUUAAAAGCUUUCUUCACAGAUAAUGCCCUAAAGUUGACUUUUGAUUUAGAAGAAUUCAAUGAAGAUGUUCAGGUUUUUAAAAAUAAUUAUCCGAAAGAUUUUUUUAUUACAGGAUUUAGCGAAAACGAUGUUCCAAUUUUUAGCCAUAGAACAUAUGCUGAAUUCUUGGCCGCUCGUUGGCUCUUGCAUACGGUGGAAAAGCAGCUGAAAGGACAAACUCUUUUCAAUGUAACCCAUAUUCUUGAAACGUUAUUUUUGAAGGAACUUCUCGGUAUCCGUCUAUUUUUCGACAACAUGCUGACUAAGAAUUUGCCACUUCAUUCUGCUAUUCUCAACAAAGAAGAAGAUAAAAUCGAAACAUUCAUUAAUCAACCCAGUUAUUUUAUAAAGACUGAUUUACUUGGAAGGAACAUAUUCCAUUUAUUAUCUGGUUAUGGCAGUUACUUUGAUAUUGGAAUUACGCCAAAAAAUGAAGAGUUCGUGAGAAACUUAGAUAUACACUCCGAAAUAGUUCGAAAUGGUGAAGAUAUUUUGCUGAAACCUUUAGAAUCGGUGAAACCUGAUCAAGCAAAAGCAAAUGUAUAUCAAUAUUUGUCAAAAAUUUCUUUCUUUGGCAUAAUAAUAGAUAUUUUAAAAGUUGACGCUCUACUUAAAUUGAACCCUAUUGAUUAUGCGUUGCUCUCAGGAUCACUCUUGGAACUAGAUGCAUUACUUCAUACAAGAAAUAUAAUUACAGAAUCAUCAUUAUCUCUGAUAGAACAAAGGAAAUAUUAUUUGCUAUAUCAUAGCAUACAAAAUAACUACAAAAAUAUACUUACUACAUUGGACGUAAAGGGUUCAAAUAAUAUAAAGAUUGGACAUUCUAAAAUGAGUUUACUCCACUUGGCAGUUACUGCGAAGAACCUAGAAGCUGUAAAGAAACUAACAAACGAGUACUGCUUAGAUGACUGGGGAGUGGACGAAAAAGGAAACACACCAUUACAUAUUGCCUGCAACCAAAGAGAUGAUUCGCUUCUAAACUACUUCUUUAAUGAAGAAGACAUUGGCGUAGAUUUUCUGAACAAAAAGAAUUUGGAAGGCCAAAGUCAUUUACAUAUUCUCGCACGUCGAGGCCACGUGAAGUGCAUUAAAAGAAUCAUUAAAGCUUUUCCCGAAAUUAACAUUGAUUCCGUGUGUUCUAAUGGUAACACACCUUUCAUCAUGAGUAUUAUAUUUAAUAACAUCCAAGUUGCUAUAAUUUUACGGUCUUACCGAGCUAACGUUUUACACAGAAACAAUAAAAACAUGACGGCUUUGCACUACGCAGCCUCAAAAGGGUUUUUCAAAUGCGUAGAAAAACUUUUAGUGUGGGGUGUUAAGGUAGACGAAAAGGAUGAUUAUGGCCUUACACCUCUGAUAAAAGCUAGUUCUUGGGGCCAUGCAAAUAUUGCUGUACUGCUUUUAAAAAAUAAAGCCAAAUUAAAUUUAUACGAUAAUAACAAAUGUACUGCCUUACAUCAUGCAGUUAGGAGGAACCACAUAGAAAUUGUAGCGUUGUUACUAAAAUAUAAAGCAAAUGUAAACUGUGUCAAUAAAAUGAAAGAAACUCCUUUAACAAUUGCCUGCAAAAAUAAUUUUUCUAAAAUAGUAAAAUUGCUUUUCACACGCAAUAUAACUUAUGGUAAAAAAAAUGCGUUAAGGAUAUCAAUUAAAGGUAAUCACUUGGAAUGUAUUGAUGUAUUGUUUCAGGCAGGUAUUACUCUGUAAUUUUUUUAUAUAAGUUUGAUACAGAAUAAAAUAAUGUAAGUGAUACAAUAUUGUGCAAUUGUAUGUUUAGCUAUAUAAUUGUUAACCCUCUAAAGUCACACUAGUGCGAAUUCGCACUAGUGUGACUUUAGUGUGGGCAAAAGUGUGACAUA